AUGGCUUUCGCGUCUGGGUCACCAGCUCCCUUACGGGACGUGAAACUGGUGCAGUUUGGUGUACUGAGUCCAGAUGAAAUAGUGAGUAAACAUUCAAUAAAUUUCAAUCAAGUUAAAACCGCAUUUAAAAGUUUUCUUGUUCCGACACGUUCUUCGUCGAUACUCACGAAAGGUCAAAUGCAAGGGUUCUUGCGCGUGUUUUACGUAGGAAAAGUGAUGUUUCAUGUCGACUUUGUUACGUGUAGUAGUUCUGAUUACUUAUUUUUUAUAUUUAAACAGAAACAAAUGUCAGUUACUACCGAAGGCGGCGUGAAAUACUCCGAAACGAUGGAGGGAGGAAAGCCGAAGCUAGGUGGUUUAAUGGAUCCUCGACAGGGAACAAUCGACCGUUUCUCUCGUUGCCAAACUUGCGCCGGAAACAUGACUGAAUGUCCCGGUCACUUCGGACACAUAGAGCUGGCAAAACCGGUGUUUCACGUCGGCUUCUACAAGAUGAUAAUCAAAUGUUUGAGAUGCGUUUGCUUCUAUUGCUCAAAACUCCUUGUCGACGGGGUAAGAAAGGCAAUCUUGCUUCGUCUGCAUUCAUGGCCGGCCGCUCGGCUGAAGGAAUGGGGCGAGGGUAUCUCCCCAGCCGUGGUAGUGUGGCUAGAAAUAGCUCGAUAUCUGGAAUAUUGAUUUUCUCAUAAAUCUUUUUUCUAAUUUAUCUUGUUCAGAAUAGUUUUUUUUACUUGAAUCUGGGAUUGAUUUAAUUCUUUUUACUCAAAGGUGUCCAUUUGAUUAUCUAAAAUUAUUUAACUUUUGUUGAAAAGGAAAAAUAGAUCUGUUUUCAUAUAUCCAGGAAACACUUCAGGUUGAGAUCAGGACUGUUGCAUUAAAGGAAAAAUUUAAGUUUUUGUUACAAUUUCUCAUUAAUGGCUGACUUUUUAUGGUAGAAAGAAAGUAAAUGAAAAUUUUUAUAAGAAAAUUCAUGAAAAUCUGCUGAUGGUGGUAAUGCUAUUGUUACUUAGAACAAUCCUAAAGUGAAAGAAAUUUUAUCAAAGUCUCGUGAUCAACCAAGUAAGCGUCUGCAACACAUCUAUGACUUGUGCAAAGGGAAAAAAAUCUGUGAAGGUGGUGAUGUUGUUGAUGAUAAACAACAGUCUGUAGACUUGGAUGAGGCUGAGAAAAAGAUGGUAAGUUUAUCUUUAAUUUUUGCUCUGAUAUACUGUCUUGACUGUUUUGGAAUUUUUAACCUAGUUUGUGUUAAACUAUGUUUCAAGGUAUCAGAUUGUAAUUUUUUUAUUAGGUAAGCUCAUGUUAGAGUAUGAUACACGUUAAUACAUAUUCAGCAAAAAUUUAAUACAGAGGACGAUAUCAGUAAAAUUUGGUUGGCUUGAGUUAUAAGGAAGUAUAAAGCAGUUGCAUAUAUAAAAGAGAAUUUCAAGUCAGUUCUUGGGAGUAAGAGAUUAACAUGUCACAUUCUUUUACCAAUUUCAUUUUGUUAGAGUCAUGGUGGAUGUGGUAGAAACCAGCCACAGAUCAGAAGAAGUGGUCUUGAUCUUACUGCGGAAUGGAAAGAGGUGAAUGAAGACUCGCAGGAGAAAAAGAUUCCACUCACAGCAGAGCGUGUGCAUGAAAUAUUUAAAAGAAUUUCUGAUGAGGAAUGUGAGAUUCUGGGAAUGAACCCCAAGUUUGCACGUCCUGAUUGGUUGAUUGUGACCGUUCUUCCAGUUCCACCUUUGGCUGUAAGACCUUCCAUUGUUAUGAGUGGUUCUGCUCGUAGUCAGGUAAUGUGUUUUGAUAUUAGGUCAACCUCAGUUUGAUCCUGUAAGAUCUUUUGUGCAGAAUAAAAAAAAAAUGCAGAGAAAGUUACAAUUGUUUAAUAAUAUUGAGGUUUUUGAUAUUAUUGCAAUAACCAGCUGCUUUUCCCUAGCUUCCUACAUUGUGGCUUCUUUGAUUUUGUGUUGUUAAUUUAAUUGAUAAGUUUUUGGUUGUCUACCUUCUUCCAGGAUGAUUUAACCCACAAACUGUCAGAUGUUGUGAAGGCAAAUGGUAAUCUUCGGAGAAAUGAACUUAAUGGUGCUGCAGCGCACAUCAUUGCAGAAGACACUAAAAUGCUCCAGUAUCAUGUGGCAACACUUAUAGACAAUGAAAUCCCUGGUCUGCCUAGGGUAAGAUAGCACAUUUUUUGUAGAUAAGGAAAUUUUUCAAUUUAUCAUAGUUUGGCUUGUAUUUGCCACAACAAGCCCUCCCUCUUGUGUGGUACAUUGAAUUACAAAGCACUAUAGUUGGAACUAUAGUGCUAAUCAGAACUUUACACUGUCUCAUUGAAGGCCAUGCAAAAGUCUGGACGCCCAUUGAAAUCAGUGAAACAGAGACUGAAGAGUAAAGAAGGCCGUAUCAGAGGAAAUUUGAUGGGAAAAAGAGUUGACUUUUCAGCUCGUGCUGUCAUUACUCCAGACCCAAACUUGUCCAUUGAUCAGGUUGGCGUUCCACGUACCAUUGCUCAGAAUCUUAGUUUCCCUGAGAUUGUCACACCAUUCAACAUUGACAGGUUAGUAUUUAAAAUAAGUCAAGCCCAUUCUAUGUGUAAUGAGACUGAAUUCUAUCAUAAACAUGGGAAUGUCAGGCAAUGAAAUUUUAGCGCUAUUAGGGUAAGAGUGAUGCAGACCAAAGUCAGUAAGCCUUUUCUAACAUGUAUUUUCCUGUAUCAUCAUGUACUGUAUCAUCCUCAAAGUAUUUAAUUUUUCAUGAAGGAGAUGUUUUGGUAUUUCAAGUUCACACUUGUUGUCUUUUCUGUAGCAUGCAAGAACUUGUGCGCCGAGGAAAUAACCAAUAUCCAGGUGCUAAGUACAUCAUCAGAGACAAUGGAGAGCGUAUUGAUCUCAGGUUCCACCCCAAACCAAGUGAUCUCCAUCUUCAGUUUGGUUACAAGGUAGGUUUGAGCAGUCUUUGUUAUACACCAAUAUCUUUCAAUAUUUGUGUGUGAAAUACAACAAUUAUUUGAUUACCUCUAGACAGGGUUUCAUUUCAGGUACUUUUUUAAUUAGUGAAAUUUAACUCUGACAGUUGUUAGACUUUGACAUCCAACAUGGCCAGCCGAAGACUUGUUGUAAUGAAGAUAAAUUUCUCCAGACAUAGAAGCUUAUUAUUUUAUUUGAAAUUUAAGGUGGAAAGACACAUCAGAGAUGAUGAUGUGAUCAUUUUCAAUCGACAACCCACUCUUCACAAAAUGUCUAUGAUGGGACACAGAGUUAAAAUCCUGCCUUGGUCAACAUUCAGACUUAAUCUCAGGUGAUUACUAGUAUUCAGGAAAUAUUGCUGAUCAUAAGUCUCUCUCAAUGGGGCAAUGUUUAUGUGUUUGUUUUUAAGUGUCAAGAAAAAUUUUGCGUUGUUGUGCAAAAAUGUAUUGUAAUUUCAAUGUCUAUCAUCCCCAAAGAACCUAAUUUUGUGCAGCCAGUUGAUAGGUGUUACUAGUCAUAAUCCUGACUUCUCUAACCUUUGUUGCUGAGUUUGCUCAAUAGUAUUUGAUUAAACACAGUUAAAAAUACUAGCAUAAGUUACAAAAGAGAAUGAUAUAAAUAGCUUGUGGUUGCUGAUAAGAUCUCUCUGCCCUUGUACAUCAGUGUUACUACACCAUAUAAUGCUGACUUUGAUGGUGAUGAGAUGAACUUACAUGUACCUCAGUCCCUCGAGGCACGUGCUGAAAUCACUGAGAUCAUGAUGGUGCCAAGAAACAUUGUUACACCGCAGUCCAAUAAACCUGUCAUGGGAAUAGUGCAGGAUUCUUUGAUGGCUGUCAGAAGAUUUACCAAAAGAGAUGUUUUUCUGGAAAAGGUUUGUCUCUUAAAUAUACUGAUGCAUGGUAUCAUGGUAGAGCCAUUGUUGGGCUCUAGAUAUUAUGUAAGUUAGAAGAUUGUUCUCCUUGUAAGUUUAUGAAAAAUGGUGACACACUUCCUUAGAUCCAUUCCUGGGGCAAAACAAUGACAUUCUUUUGCAUUGUUUACAGGCUUGCCCUGUAACACUGCUUAAGUGUGUUGGCAGUUGCCCAACAGCGCUAAGCUGCAGAUUGGGAAUGCUUGAGUCAUGAGUGUGUGAGAUCAAUAUACCUCUCUGUGGUGCAUCUUUGCCUUCUGAUUGUCAGCCUAGAUGCCAUAGUGCAGCUAGUCUUUGAUCUUUAUGUCAGUUGGAUAGCAUUGCAAGGGACAAUUUUCUCACAUCUACAAGAUUUUCUGUUAUCGUCACAAGUUUAUUUAGAAGAAAAUUAAGUCUUACCUCUUCAAUGUUACCUAAGCAUUUUCGUCUAUUAUCAGUAAAGAGGCAUAGUAUUGAAACAAUUAAAGGCAAGUUGCCCUCAAUUUCAACUCACUUAUUGUAUACAUUUGGAUGAGAUGGAUUUACUAAAAUUAAUAAUUCUUUCAUACCUUACUUAUAACUCUGAUCUUUGAUGGGAGGAAGAAAAGGCUUCAAAUAUCAGAGGGUCAAAUUAGUGAGGGUAAAUUGUUCAGUAAAAGACAAAAAAAAUCACUUCCAGCUUUGGGAAAGUUUGAGUUGCUAGGGAUUCAGCUGAAAUAUGUAACUUUGCACCUAGUUUAGAGAGCUUCAAUUCACAUUUGUAACCUGUUUCAUUUCUGAAAUUGAGGAACCUUUUUUUUUUUAUUUUUUUAUUUUCAGGAUGCCAUGAUGAACCUCAUGAUGUGGAUCCCUGAUUGGGAUGGUAAGCUGAUACAGCCUGCCAUUCUCAAGCCUCAGCCAUUAUGGACAGGGAAACAGAUCUUCAGUAUGAUUAUUCCAGGAAAUGUCAAUAUGAUCCGUACACACAGUACCCACCCAGAUAAUGAAGAUAGUGGACCAUAUAAACAUAUUUCACCUGGAGACACUAAGGUAUGUUACUCAUCUUCACAAACAUUUGGAAUAUUUACACUGUCCUGUGUCCUGCAGUUACAUAUGAAUCUAUAAUAAAUUUGGUGAAAUAAGGAUUCUUUUUCAUAAUUUUAAAUCAAAUAUAAAAAUCAUGCACUUGUUUAUUUCUACUCAGUAUGAUAACAACUGUUCCAGUUAUUUUUACAUCAGAUCAACAGUUAGCAAUAAUACAUGGAGCUCAAAAGUGAACUAAGUACAGCCCAUUUUUUUUUGUUUGGGCUCAAACGUGUGUAGCAAAGUUAAAGAAUUUGGUAUACAGAUAAAGUUUGUUGUAGUCCAGGUGGUUUGAGGCAAAUUUAGCUUGAACUGUGAUUCUUUGGGUGUUGUUAAGAGGGAGUUAAAAGAGGUUACUAUUUACUAGGGUUAAGAUUGUUUGAUAUAUCCUCUUUGUAGGUUCUCAUUGAGCAUGGUGAGCUUAUCUCUGGCAUCUUAUGCAAAAAAUCCCUUGGAACUUCGUCAGGAAGUUUGGUCCACAUUGUGGCAGUAGAAUUGGGGCAUGAGGUGGCGCGCAUGUUUUAUGGGAACAUCCAGACUGUUGUGAACAACUGGACUUUGAUUGAAGGACACAGUAUUGGUAUUGGUGAUUGCAUUGCUGAUAAUGAAACUUAUGAUGAAAUUCAGCGAUUGACAAAGAAAGCCAAGGUAACUAAAUGUGGAUCAGUAUGUGCUUCCAUGGUCAAUAACUGUUAAAUUUCUUUGUGAGCUUUAUGGUAAAUUUUAAAUGAAAUUGUUUGAACUAUGAACAUUUGAAUGUGGUGCGUUUAAAGACACUUCAAAUCCAAAUUCUUAGAAUUACCUUGACUUGUGGAUAACAAAGUUUUCACAUAUGUUGGAAUUCUUCAGGCGGAUGUGAUUGAGGUGAUUGAGAAAGCUCACAAUGAUGAUCUUGAGCCCACGCCAGGUAACACACUGCGACAGACUUUUGAGAAUCAAGUGAACCGUAUCCUCAAUGACUGUCGUGACCAAACUGGAGGAAGUGCUCAGAAGAGCUUGUCAGAAUACAACAAUUUCAAGGCUAUGGUGGUGUCUGGUUCCAAAGGCUCCAAGAUCAACAUUUCACAGGUCAGUAAAUUUGAACAACCCUUUAACCACUAAUAGUAUCUAGCAUCUGAUUUCCGCUUACAAUAUCACCCCCACAUCACACUUUAAGGUUCUGAGAAUAAAAGAAAUGUUCGCAAACUUAAGAAAGUCUUGUUUGUUGGAUGAAUUCACCUUGUAAGUACCUGAGGAAAUAUGUAGAGAACAGUUUGAAGAAUAAGCAUACUGAUGUUAGGGUGUAGUAACAAAGGAUGACUGCAAUUUCCUCAAUGCUGAGGAGGUCACCAUGACAUCUUAGCCACAACCAUAACUUAACUUUUCACAAUUUGUCUAGGUUAUUGCUGUGGUGGGUCAGCAGAACGUUGAAGGUAAACGGAUUCCAUUUGGAUUCCGCCAUCGGACACUCCCACACUUCAUUAAAGAUGAUUAUGGUCCAGAGAGUAGAGGGUUUGUGGAAAAUUCGUACCUUGCUGGCCUUACUCCAACAGAAUUCUACUUCCAUGCCAUGGGAGGCCGUGAGGGAUUGAUUGAUACUGCUGUGAAAACUAGUGAAACUGGUAAUAAUAUAUUAUGUACAAUAUCUGUUGAUUUAAGCAGUUGAUUUUCAUCAUAGAUUUGAAUGGUAUUUGAAUUCCUUUUUCAGGUUACAUUCAGAGGCGUUUGAUCAAAGCCAUGGAAGGGCUAAUGGUUGCGUAUGAUGGAACAAUCAGAAACUCUAACAAUCAGAUGAUCCAGUUGAGGUAUGGUGAGGAUGGAAUGGAUGGUGCAGCAAUUGAAUUCCAGAAUAUGCCAACCAUAAAACCAACUAAUUCAGCUUUUGAGAAAAAGUUUCACUUUGAUUGCUCCAAUGAAAGGUGAGUAGUACUGAGUCACCCUUAAAACAAUACGUACCAAGCACAAAACACAGUCACCUUUUUAGUUGUGAGAAGUCUCACUCCCGUAUAUUUUUUGACCAUGUGCUGAAAUGAUUAAGUCCUGGAAAGGUUACAAUAUAUGCUGUAAGAUUAAGAGCCAUAUUAAAGUGGCUCUGAAACAAACACAAAUUUUUUAGUAGCAUUGAAUCACCUGUGCAUGAGUGAGGAAGAUGUUAUUAAGAGCUUUCUUAAGAAAUGACUUGGAAGGGUCGAAAUCAGUUGAAUUUUAGUUACAUAAUGAUUCAUUGUAUUCUCAUUUUCUUUAUCAGGCGUCUGCGCCGUCUUCUACAGGAAGAUGUAGUGCGAGAUCUUUGCAGCAGUAACACAGCUCUUCAGGAUCUUGAGUCAGAGUUCAAUCAAUUACAAGAGGAUCGAGAAAUUCUUCGUAGAAUUAUUCCCUCAGGAAACUCCAAGGUGCAUGAAGGCAUCCAACUGAUGUCUUGUAAUCUUUUAUUAUGAAUUAUGUUUUGAAAGGAUAAAACUUUAAUUGAUAGGGCUGAUUUUUUUGUUUUAUUUUAUUUUAGGUGGCUUUACCAGUAAAUCUCAGUCGUUUGAUCUGGAAUGCACAGAAGACCUUUCAUCUUACCAAUAGAAAUCCGAGUGAUUUGCACCCUCUCAGAGUCGUUGAAGGUAUAGGGAUAAUUAUCAUGAUUUUAACUAAUAACUACUGUUUAUUGACGGAACUGUACUAAGGUGGUAAAAAUUCAAGAAGUGUCAUUUGACAUUUUUCUCAACCAAGUAAUGAAGUUGUCUUGUAGUUUUUAGUGAUGUUCUUCAUUUUGGUUCAUAAGGUGUGCGUGAGUUGUCCAAGAAAUUAAUAAUUGUUCAUGGCGAGGAUCACAUCAGUAAACAAGCACAGUUUAACGCCACUCUGUUAUUCAACAUUCUCCUUCGUUCCACUCUGUGUACCAAGCGAGUGGCUGAGGAGUUUCACUUGUCAUCAGAGGCUUUUGAAUGGCUAUUGGGAGAAAUUGAAACUCGCUUCAACCUGUCCAUGGUGAGAUAAUCAUGUUCUAUUCGUUCGUUUUGACUUUGCUGCCAUUUGAUAAUUUUCCGCGAGGCUUAUGCUCUUGUAAAACAAUACAGCAGUUGAUUAAUGCAAUAUCCGAUUAAUACAAUAUCCACUUCAGUUCUCUUUGAAAACAAACAAAUGUAAACGUGUGUCUUUGGGAGAAGUCAUAGCUGUGUAUCGUUUUGAGAGUGCCUUGUCCUCUAUGAUCUUAGUAUAACACAGUUGUCAUGCAACUCGUCAUUGCUCCUAAAAUGCGUGUUGCCUUGUACUUUUUUUUUAGGUUAAACCUGGUGAAAUGGUUGGUGCUUUGGCCGCUCAGUCUCUCGGUGAACCUGCUACGCAGAUGACCCUCAACACGUUUCACUAUGCCGGUGUAUCUGCCAAGAACGUAACCCUUGGUGUUCCUCGGCUCAAAGAAAUCAUCAACGUGUCCAAGAAACCUAAAACUCCAUCCCUGACGGUGUUCCUCACGGGACAACCUGCCAGAGAUGCUGAAAAGGCAAAGGUAUCAAGAGUUCUUUUCUUUCAGUCAAGUUUCAACGGCAUGAAAAAUUGAUUACAGUUAUUUGUAUUUACUUGGAAAAUUAACACUUCUACCCUUGAACCAGGACUAACUUGUAUUCCUUUGUAUUUCACAGGACGUGUUAUGCCGUUUGGAGCACACAACGUUACGUAAAGUCACAGCCAACACAGCAAUUUAUUACGACCCAGACCCUCAGAACACAGUAGUAACAGAAGACCAGGACUUUGUGAAUGUUUACUAUGAAAUGCCUGACUUUGACGUGACUCGGAUCUCACCAUGGCUUUUGCGUAUUGAACUCGAUCGUAAACGUAUGACGGACAAGAAGCUCACCAUGGAACAGAUCUCUGAGAAGAUAAAUCUUGGUUUUGGUGAUGAUCUGAACUGCAUUUUUAACGAUGACAACGCAGAGAAACUUGUCUUGCGUAUUAGGAUCAUGAACAACGACGAUGGAAAGUUCCAAGACGUAAGUUAUUUGAAAAUAGCUCGCAUUACAAUGUUUAAAGUGAAUUUUGUGCGAUGCUCGAAGAUACGCUCACAUCUACAAAACCAAGCUUUCGUUGACAAUUUUUUUCUUGACGAGCUUCCCUUUGCCAGUGCCGCGCAACCUUGUUUCCAGGGUCUUCUGAGGAAGAGAGAGUGCCUUGAGAACGAGUUUUAGGGAUAGUGACUCGACAAGGACCGAGGAAAGGAAAACUAUACUGCUGUAAGUUUUCUGUGGCAGGUGUCAUCUUUUGAGCUUGUUUGUAGCGGGCAAGUUGCCCUUGUCAAAUAAAAGCUGUUGGGUUGAUGUGGCUGAGAAGUAUGCUUGAAGAAAGAGAAACAACAGCAAGGAAUCUUAUAGAGCUAGUGCAGUAGAAAAAAUGAGCUGAAAUAAAACCCGGGCUGUGAUACAGAGUAACGGAGUAUUUGGCAUAUUCUACAUGUUAAAUUUUUCCUGUUCUUUCAGGAGGAAGAACAGCUGGACAAGAUGGAUGACGAUGUGUUCUUACGCUGCAUUGAAGCCAACAUGCUGACUGAUAUGACCCUGCAGGGGAUCGAAUCCAUCUCUAAAGUGUACAUGAACCUGCCUCACGAGGACAACAAGAAACGAGUCACCAUCACAGAGGAAGGAGAGUUUAAACAUAUCUCUGAAUGGAUCCUGGAAACUGACGGUGUUGCGCUUAUGAGGGUAAGUAAAAACACUUCACCUUGUCCUUUUCAAGCUAACUCCUUAUUCUUCUGUUUUUUUGUUUUGUCUUUUUUUUUGUUGUUGUGGUUUCUGAAAUAAUUUUAUGUAUUCUAUCACCUUCAGGUACUCAGUGAAAAAGACGUGGAUCCCGUGCGUACGACAUCCAAUGACAUCUGUGAAAUAUUUUCUGUGAGUCCUGAAGAAUUUUGAUUUGUUAACUGUCUACUUUGCUAGCACCAACCGCGUAACUCGUAGAUCAUGUGCCAUUUAAAGAUGUUUUGUGGUUAAAUUUGAUUUUGAAGCAAGUUUAUAGCAUUAUUUCUGAUGUAUUUUCCGUAUUUGAAGACAAACCAAAAGCCUGAUGAAAUUUUUAGCUUCGUCUCUCCAUGUAUACGACACAAGGUUAUGAUAUGGUUCAUGUAUACUUUACAGAAUAUAAUUUAUUUGUAUGUCAUGCCUACUUCAGGUGCUUGGAGUCGAGGCUGUGCGAAAGGCUGUUGAACGUGAAAUGAACCAUGUUAUCUCUUUUGACGGUUCUUACGUAAACUACCGUCACUUGGCCUUGUUGUGUGACAUAAUGACGUGUCGAGGACAUCUCAUGGCCAUUACAAGGCACGGUAUCAAUCGCCAGGAGGUCGGAGCGCUUAUGAGAUGUUCUUUUGAGGAAACGGUGAGAACUCGGGCCAAUAUUUAAUACUCUAUCUUCUAAGCUUUUGACUUGUAUUACAACAAGUAACAGAAUUAUCUUCAAAGUCCUCAUGGCUGGAUUGUUGAACAAAUUCUCCUUGUCAGAACCCUAGGAAAUUUAUAGGAAACAGUAUGGGGAAUGUACAUACUGAUGAUCGGGUGUCAAGUGUUAAAACUUGCCUAGUGAGUCACUAAGCCGUUCGGCGAUAAUAGUGUAACUCCCCAAUUUCAUGUCGUUGAAGGAGCCCUCUUCAUUUAUGAUAAUCUUUGUUUUGAUCAGGUUGAUGUAAUAAUGGAAGCCGCACAGCAUGCAGAGCACGAUAAUAUACGGGGUGUCAGCGAGUGUUUGAUUCUUGGGAAACUCCCCCGCAUUGGAACUGGCUGCUUUGAUCUGAUGUUAGAUGCUGAGAAGUGUAAGUUUGGUAUGGAGAUCCCCACAAAUAUUAUGGGACCUGGGAUGAUGGGCGGACCUAUGACAGGUAAGAAAAACAAAUUGUCUUAUAUUUUUAGCUUUUUAAAACGUAGUUCAGUAAUGAAAUCGCCUUCGAUUUAAGAUUGCACCGUCUAUUAUCAAUCAAUCAAUCAAUCGAUCAAUAAACUUUGUUUAAGUGUCUAAAACUUCUAGUCAGCCCGGAGGCCGACUAAUCGGGAACACUCCCAAUAAAAUUACAAAUAAAUUAAGUUAAAUUAAGUUAAGUUAAAAUUAGCUAUCACUUGUUACAAUAUAUAUAUAUAUACAUAUCUAGAAUUCCAAUUAUAUUUUAAAAUACGGACUAAAAUAUAAUAAUUUCUACCUACACAACUAUAUACAAACUUUAAAUAUAUCUAAAAUUCUAAACACACUUCGGACAAUUCCCUGUGCAGACCUAAUUUGAAACUAGGUUUGCGAGGUCUUUUCUGCACGAUACAAAAAAUGAAGUAGCCACUGCAACACAGAUUAUGGAGUUUGUCGUAGUUAAAAUGAACUAUUCUUGACUCGCCUAACAACUUCCUCUAUAACCUUAUUUCUGCAUUCUGACGUUUAAAGUAGAAUACUGGCAUGCUGUGAUGUUGCUUACCUCGUGUGUGUCUUCUUCCGCUUCAGGCACUGGAAUGUUCUUUGGUGCUGCUGGAUCUCCAACAGCUAAGUCACCGCAGAUGACUCCUUGGAACAUGGGAGCCACACCCGCUUAUACCGAGGCGUGGAGUCCAGGACUAGGCAGCGGUAUGACACCAGGGGCUGCCGGAUUCUCUCCGGCAGCUUCAGAAGCUAGUGGCUUUAGCCCUGGAGGUUACAGCCCCGCUUGGAGUCCGCAGCCACAAUCGCCGGUGUCACCAGGUCCCAGUAGCCCGUAUAUUCCUAGUCCAGCGGCUGCAAGUCCAAACUACUCUCCAGCGAGUCCGGCAUUUAUGCCCAGCUCUCCUUCCAUGUCACCGGCAAGUCCGUCUUAUUCGCCGACGUCUCCUGGUUAUUCCCCCAGUUCUCCAUCAACCGGAUAUUCACCGGCAAGUCCCAGUUAUUCGCCAACUUCACCAUCCUAUUCUCCAACUUCUCCUUCGUAUUCUCCAACAUCUCCAUCUUACAGUCCAACAUCUCCAUCUUAUUCUCCCACAUCUCCUUCUUACAGCCCUUCUUCGCCAUCUUACUCGCCUACCUCGCCAUCGUAUUCUCCAAGCUCUCCUUCAUAUUCUCCAACUUCUCCUUCAUAUUCUCCAACGUCACCUUCGUAUUCCCCCACGUCACCAUCCUACUCACCAACCUCCCCGUCUUACUCCCCGACAUCGCCCAGCUACAGCCCGACCUCACCGUCGUAUUCGCCUACUUCGCCGUCUUACUCUCCCACUUCUCCUUCCUAUUCACCUUCAUCUCCAUCCUACUCGCCUACUUCCCCCAGCUACUCCCCUCAGUCGCCCUCCUACUCUCCAUCUUCUCCGUCUUAUUCUCCAUCUUCCCCCAAGUAUUCUCCAACGUCUCCCAGCUACUCGCCUACAUCGCCAAAGUACAGCCCAACAUCACCAACUUACUCGCCUUCUUCUCCUUCUUAUUCUCCUUCGUCCCCAAAGUAUUCUCCAUCUUCCCUCUCUUACACCCCAUCUUCUCCAACUUAUUCCCCUACCUCUCCAACUUACUCUCCGUCCUCUCCUCGCUAUUCUCCAACCUCUCCUCAGUACUCGCCAUCCUCGCCGCAGUACUCACCAUCAUCCCCGAAGUACAGCCCAAGCUCCCCAAACUAUUCCCCAAAUUCUUCAUCGUUUACGCCGGCAUCGAAUCCAAGCAGUCCAAGCUAAUCUAAUUACAACCCGGCUCACCUUCACUUCAAUAUACACCUUCAGCUCAAUAUCGUGAACAAAGCGCGAGAAAAGUUUGUUUUGAAACCUUUGGAGGAAGAACAAAGAUCUCAUCGGGUAUUAACAUUCCGAAGGGAGAAAAUCCUACUAUUGAUUACAAUAUACCCCAAGUCAUUUUAUGGUAGAACACAGAGUGUAUGUUGAGACAAGAAGCCCUCUGUGUAUGAACUUAGAUCUAAAGAGGAGCGCGUUUACAGUGCACCGCUAUCGGAUCACUGUAGGCGUGUUGCUUUAGCGUCAAACUCGCGAUAACUCGCGUUUGUAAUAAUGUCAAUGUGAACUAAGAACUCCUUUUUUGGUUGUGUAAUUUAGAGAUAACACUAAGGAGGGCUGAUUUUUACGUCACAACGACGUUGCCUUCAAUAAGCUCAUCACACAAAUCACACUGCGUAGAAUGAGCCACGCUAGCUACAAUAGCUGGUUCGUCAAAGUUAGUGUCAGAAUGCGUUAUUUCUUCUGUGAGAAGUGUUCGUAACAUCAAAUGGAACCUUUGUAGCAAGAUUCAAUACCAAAAAAGUAAUGAUAUUAGUCGUAAGAUAUUUGAUGAUGUCACGUAGAUUCUCAGCUAAAAAAAAAAAGCAAUACACAUAGGUUACCAUGGCAAAUGUUCAUUGAUUACGUAUUGAAGUAAUUUGAUGUAGUGUUUCAAGUUUGCACUUAAGGCUCAGUUGAAUCAGUUGCUACUUGAUUUCCUUUUUUAUAAGUUCCGGAGACAACUACAGUUAAUCAGUUAGAGCUGAUAUUAUAAAAAACGAAAAAAUAUAAUUAAAAAAAGUAGAUAAAACAUUCAGCAAAAAGAUAGGUAAAAAGAUACUUGGGAAACAGUUAGUGCUUGUGAAUUGUUGAGUCUUUACCUGGCGUGUAACGACGCGAAACAAGAUUAUAUCUAGUCAAAUUUUGGCUUAGCAUACAUCUAAAGACAGUAUAGUAAAUAAUUACCUGGACGUAAGGUGGACUUAAUCCCGUGAAGCAGUAGAUAAAACGGAGGUAAUUUAUUUACCUUAGCGAAUUUAAAAUUCCCAUCAGUGUUACGAAUUAGGAGUCCAAGUUUUUUGCUGCCUCAACAAGAGGCGAAAUUUUUCUCGGGCCGUGGUACUCUUUCAACAUGAGGAACCGUGACGUUUGCAU